UCUUGUUUGACACAGAUAUUGCUAGUAACCAUCCAGCUUAGACUGUUUUUUUUCCUGUCCUGAAGAAGUUGAGACAAUAGCUGAUGUCACUGCAGACACAGCUGAAGUGAAUGUGUUCCAUAUGGUAACACCCUUUGCAGAAUAGUGCAUUCUGCAAGCCUUAUUCUGAAAAAAAUACAGAUUUGCUUUUCUGCAAGAGGAUAUCUUUUAUUUAUUACAUGUUGGUUUUCCCUUCACUAGCCGGAAUGCUAGACAUAAAAAAAUGUACUGUGCUUCAGCAAUGAAAGCAGUUGGUAGAAGAAUCUGUUCCCAUUACUGCUUUUUUUGCAAAUGCUUUUGGCUGCUGAACUGCAUAUGCCAAGCACAGGCUUUGCGUGACGCAUUAGGAGACACAUUGGGUUCUGCGUAUGCUGUGAAUUUAAAUGCUCAAGGUACAGCACUCCUGACUGCUACAGAUUAGGGGAAUACUAUCAGUCUUUCCGUGGAGACUGAUGCAUUAUGUGUAAUGCUUUUCAUACAGCAGCGAGAUAGCAUUUCUAUUGCUUUUAAAGACUGGUGGAUUUAUUUUGUCAAUGUGGAAAUACUUUUAGCUAAAGUAACAUAGUAUUUCUUUUGGGAACAUUAUAUUGGGGAAACUUGUAAUUUUCCAUAAAACUAGUAUACACUACCUAAACUUCAGGAUCUGAUGUGGAACCUAAGGAUUAACUGUGUUACCAAAGUUAAUGAACAAUGGAAGACAUCUCUCAGCUUUGUUGGACAGUUGUAUUUUGGUGCUCACUGAGACCACAUGCUGUAUGGGUUUAUGUGAAUCACCAAGAAGUGGAUGGCUUGUUUGCUAUGUGCGGUUGUCUUUCUCAGAAACCACGAUUCUGCUAGGCUCUGGCACUCCUUUGCUAUAGAUGGGACAAGGUACUUACCAUUCAGAACAGACCCAAGAGGAAAAGAGAUCUGAUUAUGACACUACUAAUCAGCAGAAACUGCAGACAAACAUCAAAGCUGGGAAAUACAGUAGCACAAGGGAAAAGGAGAAGAAAAAGCUGUGUAAACCUGGAAGCAGUAAAGUAGGGCAAUGUGCUACAAGACAGCAAAUCCAGAGAUCUCAAACCAAGAUUAAUGAAAAGCCAAAUGAAAACUUAUCCACAAAGCUUAAGAAAAAAUCAACACCAUCUACAGAAGCUCCAACAGCCAAGAGGCCGCCUGCAAAGAAGACAAUGCGCUCAGUGAAUGGAGGACCUGCACAGCCAGCCAAAGAUUCAGAAAGAGAAGUGGAAAUCCGGCUUCUGCAGGUGGAAUGUGAUGAAUUGAAAAGCAGGCUGGGGUGCUUAAAGGAAGGGUUAAUGGGCCAGAAGCCUAGUGACGUAGAGCACUUGCUUAAACAGUCCCAAAAGGAGCUACUCUGGCUUCAGAGACAGUUGUCAUUUAUUUCGGAUAGUGGACCAGCCUGCAUCCCGUCCCCAAACAAGUUUAGAAAUGAUCUCCAGUGCCUGCAGCCAUCAGUGCGACACAGAACAUACAGCCAGAUACAUUUUCUAGAGGAACAGUCUCACCCAUUCAAAUCCAAUGUCACUGCAGUAUCUCCGGAGAGGGUACAGUGGAGCUUUCUAGAAGAUGAACUAAAAGAUGCUGUUCAAGACAAGAGUCGCUUAAGCCUUCAGUAUGCCAGCCUAUCACACAGGGCUCUCCAGUAUGACCAGGUGAAGUUGGAUUAUGAACAACUUAGAGAAACCCUCAACAUAGUCACCAAAGAACGUGAUUUGGCUGUGAAGGAGAAAUACCAGCUCCAAGCCAAACUGGAGAACCUAGAGCAGGUCCUAAAGCAUAUGCGAGAGGCUGCUGAACGGCGGCAACAGUUGGAAUUGGAGCAUGAGCAAGCCUUGGCCGUCCUUAAUGCAAAGCAGCAGGAGAUUGACCUUUUGCAGAAGGCCCAGGUCGAAGCCAAAAAAGAACAUGAGGGUGCAGUGCAGCUGCUAGAGGCUAAAGUUCGUGAGUUGGAAGAGAAAUGCCGGACACAGAGUGAGCAGUUUAACCUUCUUGCACGAGAGUUGGAAAAAUUUCGACAGCAAGCUGGCAAAAUUGACUUGUUAAGUGGCAAUACAAUUGGUUUUUUUGAUGUCCCUGGUUCCCCUAAUAAGACUCUUAGCCAAUUAUUAAAUGGAAUAGCUACAUCCUUUGGGAAAGAUCAUGAAAGCCCAACCAGCAGCCGGGCAGUGAUUUCUGAGUUUAUUCGUCCACUUCAAAUCACAGAAGACAGGCCAGAACAACUAUCUGUUAAACCCAUUUUCUUGUCAAGGUCCGGGUCUGGCAGCCCGAGACACAGGUUUGAGUCUGAUAUGGAUAAUGAGCAAAAUACGAAUACCUCAAAGCAAAGAUAUACUGGGAAAGUCCACCUCUGUAUUGCUCGCUACAGUUAUAAUCCUUUUGAUGGACCAAAUGAAAACCCAGAAGCAGAACUUCCCCUGGUGGGUGGAAAAUACCUCUAUGUGUAUGGAGACAUGGAUGAGGAUGGUUUUUAUGAAGGAGAGUUGCUUGAUGGGCAGAGAGGACUGGUACCUUCAAAUUUUGUGGACUUUGUCCAGAAUGAUGAGUUCCACAUGUCCAGCUCCUUUGCCAGUGAGCAGGAAGAAAAUUUCCUCAACCACUCAGCACCUCUUUUGCAAGGAGAACACAAGCUGGAAAUCACCCAAUCUAUUUAUAUAGAACCCAGUGUGCUGAACAAUGGCACAGGGACCAUGGAUGUUAAUAUUGAUGAGAUUGGAGAAGACAUUGUGCCUUACCCUCGGAAAAUAACCCUUAUUAAACAACUCGCCAAAAGUGUUAUUGUAGGCUGGGAGCCACCAAUAGUGCCACCGGGCUGGGGAACCAUCCACAGCUACAAUGUGUUGGUAGGCAAAGAAGUACGUGCAACCCUGAGCUUUGGAAGCAGAACCAAAAGUCUCAUUGAGAAACUUGACCUUGCCACAGUUACAUAUAGAAUAUCAAUCCAGACUGUUACAGAUAGAGGAGUCUCUGAUGAGUUUCAGUGCACUUUGUUAGUUGGGAAGGACGUCAUUGUAGCACCUUCUCAUCUUAAGGUGGACAACAUAACUCAAAUGUCUGCUGAACUCACAUGGCUCCCCAGCAACAGCAACUACAGCCAUGUGAUUUUCGUUAAUGAUGAGGAAUUUGAUAUAGUCAAGGCUGUCUGUUACAAGUAUCACUUUUUUAACCUAAAGCCCAAUACAAUUUACAAAUUAAAGCUUCUUGCAAAGCCCCACCAGAUGCCAUGGCAGCUUCCUUUGGAACAGAGGGAGAGGAAGGAAGCUUCUGUGGAAUUUUUAACUCAGCCAUCAGGCCCUCCUGUUCCACCAGCAGAAGUUGCUGUGCACCCAGGCCCUACACCAGUUACCUUGCUAGUUACUUGGAAAGCACCAGUGCUGAGCCCAACUGGUUUGUCCAAUGGUGCAAAUGUGACCGGCUUUUCAGUGCAUGCAAAAGGACAAAAGGUGGCAGAAGUGAUAUUUCCUGCAGCAGAGAACAUUGUAGUAGAUCUCCUGAGAAUUCUUAAUUUGGAUGCUAAGGAAGUUACAGUUCGAACUGUCUCUGCACAAGGUGAAUCUGAAGACUCACCCAUUGCUAUCAUUCCACCUGAAUUACUGUUCUCUCCAGCACAGCAACACCCAAGGACUAUGCCCAAAUCUAAGCCAUUAACUAGUGCUGGAGAGCCAGAUACCAAAGAUCAACACAUAUGCCCCCACAGAAAAACUGAUGAAUCUUGGGAGCACACCCGUGCAAUAUCUCCUGUCCAUGGACAUACUCUGGAGCCUCCAACAUCUAACUUCCACAGUCCUGUUCAUGGAAGGAGAUCUCCCUCUCCUCAGAGGAUACUUCCACAGCCACAAGGAGCACCUAUUUCCAGUUCAAUGGCCAAGGCGAUGGCAAGGGAAGCAGCACAAAGGGUUGCCGAAAGCAACAGGAAUGAAAAGCGAAACUUAUUUAGUGAGCGCAGCAAUGCUGUUCACUAUGCUAACUCUGAUGAUGAAGAAGACGGGUACGACUCUCCUCAUAUGAAAAGAAAAGGGCCCUCUGUUGAUGAGUUUUUAAAAGGUUCAGAGCUGGGUAAACAGCCGCACUAUUGCCCUGAUGAUGAGUAUCACACAGAGAGCAGCAGGGGCUCAGAUUUGUCUGAUAUUUUGGAGGAAGAUGAGGAAGAGUUGUACUCAGAGAUGCAGCUGGAAGACGGAGGAAGAAGGCGCGUUAGUGUCACUUCUCACAACACUCUUAAGUGUGCUAAGGCUAACACCGCUAAUUCUGCUGUAAAGGAACAGCUGGAUUAUUCUCCUCAGCAUCAUCACAGUAAGAAACUGUUCAGUAUUCCAGAGGUUUCUGAAGAUGAAGGAGGAGACCAUUCUGAUCAUUUGCACAGGGGAGGCCAUUUAAAUGUGACAUGUAAAACAAGAGGAGCCCUAGUUAGGGAUAAUAAAAAAACAAGAUCUAAUUGCCAAGACUGUAACCAUCAGAGCCCAUGGCAUUUGUCAAAGUCCAGGUAUAAUGGAGCCCCUGCAUACUCAGAGGAUUUUAGCUCUGAAGAUAAAUUGAACAAGUUUGGAUCUCUCUCAAGGAGCCCAGAUAGUGGUUUGGACUGUGGAAGUGAAGAAGAGGAGGCGCGUUUUCAUUAUAGGAAAACAUACAAAAUGAAAGUAGCUCAGGGAACUUCUGAACAGCAUGAAACCCCGGUGUGUCCUAAAGACCAUAAGCAAAUGCUAACACGCAGAAAGACACUAACAAGACAAAGCAGUGUGGAAGAGGAUUUUGGGGAUAUAAGCACUGGCGUUGUAGCUAAUGUAAACCAAAGCCACCACAUAAGUGAAAACCACGAACUACAAUCACAUAUGACUCAUUUAAGUAGCAGAGAAAGAAAUGGCUGGGAAAAAAACUUUGAUCAGACAAACUGUAGGGACGCUGUUCAGAAGCUAACCCACAGAGACACAGAAAACUCUCUGCUUCUAGGAAAUCACUCUGUACUGUGUCGAAUGGACCGAGGGGAUCACCCAAGCCGCAGGUUCUCUCAUGGAGGUACAGGGCCACAAAGACCUCGCCCAAUGAUGGUUCCUUCCAUUGAAAUUACAAUGGACAGUAACAGUGAAGGCGGUCGUUCUCGGUCAGGUAGUGAGGGAAAUAUUUCACCUGUAAAAGAAGAAGCUUAUUACCGCAGCAUUGGAGGACACAGGAAGUGGUCUCUGCAGCGUACCAGGGCCUCUGAGGAUAGAUACGAUAGUUAUGGCAGCCGAGAGCAACUUUCAUCAGAGUUAUAUGAGGAGUCUGAGACGGAUGGUGGGAUGGAAGAUUAUCCUGUAAGAAUAUUUGUGGCACUUUUUGAUUAUGAUCCCAGAACCAUGUCCCCAAAUCCAGACGCUGCUGAAGAAGAACUCCCUUUUAAAGAAGGGCAGAUAAUUAAGGUGUAUGGUGACAAAGACUCAGAUGGCUUCUACAGGGGUGAGACUUGUGGGAGAGCUGGUUAUAUUCCUUGUAACAUGGUUUCAGAAAUCCAAGCCGAUGAUGAUGAAAUGAUGGAUCAACUUCUCAAACAAGGGUUUCUGCCUUUGAAUACACCAGUGGAAAAAAUUGUCAACAGUGACCGUUACAAAGAGAGCUCUCGCUCUGUACACCGCAGAUCCAGAAAGUCUAAAAGAGAGCGCAACAGGAGAAGUGGAAGACAACACUCAGUAUCUACAAGGAGAAUGGUUGCUUUGUAUGACUAUGACCCAAGAGAAAGCUCUCCUAAUGUUGAUGUGGAGGCAGAGUUAACAUUUUGUACAGGAGACAUAAUUACCGUUUUGGGAGAAAUUGAUGAAGAUGGAUUUUACUUUGGAGAACUAAAUGGGCAGAAAGGCCUUGUGCCUUCUAAUUUUCUGGAAGAAGUGCCUGAUGACGUAGAAGUUUACCUCUCUGAUGCUCCAUCCCGUUACCCUCCAGACACACAAAUGCGAACCAAGGUGAAGAGGGUUCCACCUGAGAAUACGGGAACUCCAAGGAGAGCACCUUCGCCAACAGUCCAUCUGCAUUCUGUUUCACCUCCAUCAUCCAUGGGUUCCGGCAGCCCUAUGAGAGGCAGAGAACGUUCCUCAAAAAAGAAAAAAGGUUUACUAUCUAAAGGGAAGAAAUUGCUGAAAAAGCUUGGAGCAGUAAAAUGAUUUCACCCUGAAGAAGUAGCAAAACUCUGUUUUUAUGUUUGUUACUGUAGGACAGGAUACCCCAACUUUAAGCCUUCAAGACCACAAUUAUUGAGCAGGUGAUUAUAUCACUUGGUACAUUAACAGACAUCCCCAAACCAUGGCCUGUUAAUGGGUCCUGAGGACUGGAGUUGGGAGAUUCUUCUCUAAGGGUUUUUGUGAUACAUGUAAGGAGCAGUAGUUUCUUGCUGUUUAAAAAAAAAUAGAUUCAAAACUGUUACAGGUCCACACCAGUAAUGGCUGUAGACAGUUAAAAAAAACAACUCAAUCAAGACUUAUUUCUGUUACGUCUCUAGCCUGGUCUUUAAUGUACUAUCGUGUACAGCCUUGGUGUUUUGCCUUACCGAUGCACAAUCAUUUGUAUUGUCUAUUUGUAUGUUGUGUGCAUUCAGGCUCACUCUCCCUAUGUGUGAAUUAAGAUGUCAGUGAUUAAUUCGAAGAACAGUCCAGUUAUCCAACCACAAUACAGAAUUACAAAUGACACUUUCUAUAUAUUUGCCAAUACAAUAGUAAAAGUGUAAAAGAUUAAGUCACUGCAAGUGAUUUAUAAUACAGAAAAGUACACACAAUUACCAGAAAAAAAUGAUUUAGAAUUUUAGAUUGGCAUUAUCAAACAAGCAGUUACUACUAAUAGCCAGUUUUGUAAAAAGUCCAUUUGUAAGUUGUUUUUACAAUUUUUACAUAAUUUUCAGACUGCCUUUUUUCUAAAAGCGUAAAGUUUACAUAUCAUCAAUUUAAGCUUUUCCCCAUUGUGUCUUCAAAGUGUACAUAAAUUGUAAAAUACAAUUGUGCUAGCAAUUAUGAAAUGUAAAAAUCAAUGGCCUAAAUGUGAUUGUUUUGUGUGGGCGUGUGCAUGUGUACAUUUGGUGUGUAAAAUAUUUUGUAUAAAUAAAAUUUGAUAUUUUGUACAA